AUGGUUAUUGAAGUUCAACAUUGGUCCGGUGCUGGAAAUCGUUUUGUUAUAGUUGAUAAUCGGAAAGGAAUAAUUUCCAAUCCGUGGAACGUUAUAUUAGUGAAAAGUUUGUGUCAACGAAAAGAUUUACCAGUUGCUGAAGGUCUUCUUGUGUUACUCGACUUGAAUGAAACCAACUGCAAAUGUUACUAUGAUUUUUACAAUCCUGAUGGCUCGACAGGAGUCAUGUGUGGAAAUGGAGCUCGGUGUGCUGUUCGACAUGCAGUCUCAAGUGGUCAUUUUGAAAGAAAUCUGAUCGAACUAAUAUUGAAUGGUUGCAUGUAUCGCGCAGAGUUAAUUGGGAACGACCGAGUAGCUUUACGAUUACCUGUUUAUAAAGACUUACGUUUGAUUGAAUCGUGGACUUAUGUGAAUGUUGGUAGUCAUCAUGUGAUUGUCGAUGCUCGUGAUAUUGUUCAAUCGAUAGAAGAUUUUCAUAGAUUUGACCUAAUUCGAUUUGCUCAAGAGCAUUUGAAUUUAUAUCGAAUGAAAGUCGGAAUCGAGAAUUUAAAUUUAACUAUCGCCUAUCCGACUGUCGACCAACAAAUCAUUCGAAUACGAACAUACGAAAAUGGUGUGUUCGACGAAACUCAAGCAUGUGGAACUGGUGCCGUCAGCACAGCGAUUGCUUUUUGGACAAGAAACAUCAUUCGACAAGUGAAAAUCCAACUCAUUCCAACAAGUCAACGGAUAUUAACCGUACAUCUAGAUAUUAACACCGAAGAAAAAGAAACCAUUCAAGGCAUAACUCUCGAAGGUGACGCACGACAAGAUACGACAUCAAGUCAGUUUGACAUCGAUUCUAUGCGAUACGUAUAA